AUGUCCAAUCACGACGACGUGCCAGACACAGCCACAGGAAAUGAGGCAGAAGCGCAACCCCUGGUUCUUUCCGGCGAAACACUGGCGGCGGUGUGGGCUGCUCUCGAGGCACACGCUGGUGAUAUUGGUGACCACGACGACGACGACGACGACGACGAGACAGAGGCCAUGUGCAUGAUGCCCGAAGCGCUGACGGCACUGGUCGAGAGCGGGAUGGAGUUUGGCGAGAUUGACGACGAUCUGGCAGCAAUGUUUGAGGCGAUGACAGAAAUGGUGGUGGCCAACGAGGCGGCGAUCCGUGGCGAUGCUGGGGCCGAUCCGCCGGUGGUUGUCCUCGAGUGCGCGGCGUGCCAGCUGCAUCUCUGCCACCGCGGCGUCGUCGUCAACCUCAUUGCCACCGGUGACGAGCUGUACUCGACCGAUCUGGUCACCCCACAUGUGGUUGAGACCGGCGAGCCGCGAGAAGCGCCGCACUGCAGUUGCGUCAUCCGCGAUGUCGCCUGUGGCGCGUGCGCUGCCGCAGGCACAGACACGGUUGUCGGCUACCAUGUCGUUGCCGCCUGCGCCGAGUGCCUCUCUGAUCCCGACUGCAACCAUCACUACUACAUGUUAGAGGCCGGCGCCGUCCGCGCCGCACCGCGACUCGGCGCGGACGGCAUGCAGCUACUCUGGUCGGAUCUCGCCGCUGCCGCUGACGGCGACGACGAGCCGCGGGUGUUUGUCGACGAGGCGCCGGACGCACUGGCUUGUCCGAUCUGCCUCGACGUUGUCCGCGUGUCAAGCGUGCUUUACCCGUGUUGUUGA